AUGUAAAAAGUUAUACUAAAAACUAAAAUAUUUAGUGGGAUUUUAAUUCUACUUUCAGUAAAAAUAGCUGUGUUAGCAUUAAUUUUAGCUAGAGAAACAAGUGAUAUAGAAAUUAAAAUAUAUGGAACUUUAUUUGGGAUAACAGCAUUUUUAUUUAUGUCGAUAAACUUUUAUGUAUUUUAUCUAUUGCAAACUAUUAAUGUGAUGAAUGCAGAAAUAAAUAAUAUUAAUUGUUUUUCAUCAUGGAUUAUGCUGCAUAAAUCAAUUCUAAAUAAUACCGAUUUUUGGUUUUCAAAAUAUCUCUUGAAAUGCUUAAUUAUUAUAAUAUUUUAUUACAGUUUGCAAUUUCGUUAUGUUGCUUUUGCCGUACCUAAAAUUAUUAUAAUUAGUUUGGAAUACACAAUUUUAUUUGUAUUCUUUAUUAUCAGUUUGUUUAUUGGUUCCAUAAUGCAAUUAUACUUACUGAUAUAGCUGAUGAUAAUGCUAGUUGAUUUUAAAGAGUAUUCUAAAAAUAUUGUUUACAUUUAUCAUAUAAAGGAUUCAUUAUAAGAGGAAUAGUCAUAUAAAAGAAAGAUUACAUUAAUAUCAAUAAUCUUUACUCUUGGUUCUAUAGGAUAUUAUGGUUUAAAAUUAGCAUUAUAUAUUUUGAUAGUCAAAAAUAAUGAUAUAGAAAUUAAUAAUAAAGUAUAUUCAAUAAUUGUAUCAAUUUUGAAUGUUAGUUGCAUAAUGUUAAGUUUAUAAAUAUUUAGAGAACUCAAAAUUAUUUAUCAACGAAUUUCAAAUACUUCAGAUGUUAUAAUAUAUAAUUUAAAUAUCCAUUGUUUUACAGGAUGGUUUAUAUUAAUUAAAUCAUUGAUUUUUAGUAAGAAAUUCAGAUUUUGGAGAAUUUUUAUAUUCAUUUUAUUGUACAUCUAAACAAUUUAUGGAUUAAUUAUAUUUCCUUAUCAUUAAAUUAAUAAUAUAUCUAUAAAAUAAAUGUAUUGUCUAGAAUCAUAUUUAUAUUAUGAUACUGCAAUAUUGGUUGUUCUGAUAUUUACAUAAUUAAUUGAAUCGUUUGCCAGAAUCAUUCAUUAAGUUAAAAAAAAAAAUCUUGAGUAUUAACUAGAAGAUCAUAGAGCAUGUGAAUAAAUUAAUUAUAGUAAAUUGCAAAUUUGUCAAUUGCAGUAUCAGAACAAACAAAUGAAAUUGGAACAAUCUAAAAUCAACUUAAUCUUGAAAAUUUAGUAGAAAAUGCAUAAAAAGAUUAUGGAGAAUGUUGCUUUUGUCUUGAUAAAAUUAUUAAAGGGUAAAGAGUGCAUAAAUUAAAAUGUCAUUCCUCUCAUGUUUUCCAUUAUUACUGUAUAUCAAUAUGGUUGA